AUGCUUAUUCUAAGUCACCAAACGACUGCUAGUACUGCUGCUAUUAAUACUGCUGAUAGUACUGCUGAUAGUAUUGCUGCUGGUGGUACUGAUGGUACUACUGCUGAUAGUAUUACUGGUAGUACUGCUACGAUUACUGCUGUUGAUGACAGUGGGUCUAAACAACCACUAGCACCGCCGCCGACAUUAAAAGAACUGGCGGAUCUUAAGUUUCAGUGGGCGAUAUCUAAACUAAAUGAGCACAAUUCGUUGGUUGCGAAGGCAAAAAGUGGGUCUAGUAUGACUAAAAGUAUAACAGAGAGCCCAUCUUCUUCCAAGCCCCAGCUUGUAGAGGAUGAAUAUAUCAAGUCGGGUUUUUAUGCGGAUUUAGGAUUUACCCCAAGGAAUCUAGAACUAGUUGAAAAGGUAGCUAGUUUGAUCGUUAGCCUCUCUAAGUCUAAUAGGGUAGAUGUGUUUUCAGUGGAUACGUUUUGGCCGAAUAUAGAAUCUAUUCUUAUGCUAUAUACUGAAUUAGGUGGCAACCGCAUGGAGAGCAGAUAUGACCCGCCAAGUAUCGAGCAAGCACAUCAUAUCUUGAUUGAAAAUCUUGCUCAGAAUAUUUAUGAGAUAGGUGUUUAUAAUCUUGUUUAUGAUUUAGAAAGAGUAUGUAUCAAUUGGGAUACAUAUCAAUCACAUACUGGGAAGAUUGCUGAGGAGGGACAUACAUUCCCAGGCCCAAUGGAACCCAUUCUUAUCGAAUCUGAAAACAUGAUUAAAUAUCUACGCGGCUGCCAAAUAAUCAAUUAUAUUCACCCACUCAAUACAGCACUCUAUCUUGAGGGCCUAAACUACCUAUACGACCCAGAAGAGGAUCUAUUCGUUGUCAUUCGCCACAAUAAUAUUAGUUCAAGUUGUCCUGAGAUUUCUGAGACUCCUGAGGUUCCUGGGGCUUCUGAGGCUUCUAAGGUUCCUGAGAUUUCUGAGACUCCUGAGACUCCUAAGGUUCCUGGGGCUUCUAAGGUUCCUAAGGAGAUCUGUUCAGUCGCUAAGUUCACCUUUGCGUCUGCGGUCAUGUUAAGACAUUCUCCCAAGGGCCCAUGCAAUGUAUUAGCGAGCGAUGAAGACUUUAAGACUUUCCAGAAAGUGGUAAGAAGCUAUCGCUCCUCAAAGGGCAUUCCAGAACUCAAACAAUGUAAGGCCAUGGCCAUCACCACAUUUGACGAGUACUCUAAGCUGAGAAAAGAGAAGCAAGAUAAAAGGCGCCAAAAAGCUGAAGCUGUCGAGGGGCAAAUACUGUUUGUUAUCACCUCUAGUAAAUGGCUACUGGGAGCACCGCUAUACCUAACUGCUAUAGCGGCUGUCAUACACUUUUCUAUCGCCAAUUUGGUUUAUCUAAUCCCUUUCAAUAUACUAGCUGUUGGGUUGGGUGUUUCACUUUGGUUCCUCUUCAAUGAUAAGGAGUUAAACGCUCACAUGACAUCAACGCGAUCUCGGCCAAUUAUUUGGGUCUUCUUUAUCUUAGCGAUCAGCGGCCUCGGUGUCAUUCUUGGACUUAAUGGAGCCUCCUACUAUGCCAGCAAUGAUCGAACUUUAUUACAAGCUAUAGUUCUGGGCGGCCAGUGUGUGGUGCUGCUUAUCACUAUGGUUAGUAUUGCCACCCGAUGGGUAUUUACGUAUUCCAUGCCAUUAGCUACUAGAUACGUAUACUGGGUGCUUUACGGUCUAUCUAUCCUGUUAGCCGCAUCAGUCCCAUUACUCUCUAUCUUUUCUCUCACAACAUAUGCCCAGGUACUCCUCAACUCAAACGUUCUAACAAUCUCUGCCAUUCUCUUGGUGAUAGGGGCCUUAACUAAUGUCUUCGACCGGCAGACUGUUUAUUCCAACGAAGAACGCGAGAAGGAAGUUUCUAUUAAUCACGUCUUCUACAAACUAAUCGCGCUGGUGUGCAUCUUCACAGUACUUUGUGGUUUAAUUGGGCUUACAAUCUGGUCUACCAGCUACUACAACUUAUUAGACAAAGCCCUGAAUGCUAAUAACCCGUAA